GUCACUAAAUCCUACAAAAACAUCACUAUCGUCUCAGUCAUAUGUUGUUUAUUUAAAAAUAUGGGUAUGCAUACGCUUAAUGCAUAUGAAAUUUGUCGAUUUUUGUUUUUGCAUACUUCCUCCGACACCGAUAGAUACCGUAGCAAUUGGUAAUACGUUAGGCCUGAAACAUGUAUCUAUACGAUCAUAAUGAUUAGAUAUGUCUGUAGAUUAGAUAUGUCGGCAGAUGAUAAUGAUAUCUUUAACAGGUGAGCGUAGAACUCUACAUACAUGCACACAGCAGGAGGUUGGACCACAUACAGUGAAACGAAAGCGAGGAUCGAAAGUCACACCGGGCAGGAACCUCUGCCGAGCCGAUCAACGGGGAGCUCUGAGAAAAUCAGAAAAUAUGAAAAGUGAUAAUCAAGACGAAACCUGCUCUGCUUGUGGAUUAUGGAAUGAUCCAAAUGGAAGUACGGAAAUUGAGGUGGAAUGGGUCGGUUGCGAAAGCUGCAGCGAAACACAUUGGUUCCACAAGAACUGUUGCAAAGACCCGUCUAACCCAUGUGGAAAUGAUUACAAUUCUUGAUUUUGCCAGCGUUUCCUUCAAUUCAUCUGUUUAUUUUUAACUGUCGAAUUUUUGUUCAUACCUUACUUGUUCCAUAUUGCUUUUUGAUUUCAAUUUUUACUUUUGCCAGUGUUUCAUUCGAUUCAUCCGUUUAUUUUUAAUUGUCUAAUU